GUGGCCAUCAGCAAGCUCGGCCGAGAGCAACGAUGGCAGGAAGCCCUCAGCACCUUCGAGGGCCUCAAAGUUGUGAAGCUGGAGCCCGACACCAUUCUCCGGAAUGCAGUCCUAUCGGCUGCCGAGAAGGCCUCGAAGUGGAUACAGGUCUUGGAGCUCUUCCGAUCUGGCAGAGGCGAUGGCUACCCUGCAGAUGCUUACACCUUUACCUGCUGUCUCGGCGCACUGGGAAAAGCCUCGGGAUGGGAGGCAGCUCUGCAGAUGUUUGCGGAGAUGAGGCACGGCGGUCCGGCACCCAGCGUUGUCACCUGCAACGCGGCCUUGGCUGCUUUGGGCAAAGGCCAACGCUGGGACUGGGCAGCAGAGCUUCUCCAACAAAUGAGGUCGGGAGUGGCCGGUCUUCCCUCUGCCGACACGGUGUCCUUCAACACGGCCGCAGCCGCCAUGAUCGAAGCCGGUCGCUGGCGAAGCGCGGUAGAGCUUUGCACGCUUCUUCAGCUCGAAGGCUUGCAAACAGAUCCCGUGACCCACAACAUUCUCGUUAGCAGCUGCAAGCCCGAUGGACGAUGGGAAGCUGCCCUGUGGUUGCUUUCAACCCGAAGGCCACAGGUUGAAAGCGUGACUGCGGCAAUCGACACGAUGGCCGCCUGCAGUCUCUGGGAGCGCGCCCUCUCGCUCUUGUGCAACAUGCCUCCCGGACUGAGGCCGAAUGUGAUGACAUUUGGGGCAGCCAUGAACGCCCUGGCGCGAGGAGCGGCGUGGCUUUGCGCUGUCCAGCUCCUCCGGGUCAUGGACGAGCAAAAAGUCAGCCGGAACUCCGUAGUGUGCUCGUGCGCCAUCGCCGCAUGCGAUGAAGCGGAGGAGUGGCAGCAGUCGCUGGCCAUGUUAGUGGAGAUGCUUCAGGUAGGGCCGCGCCCCAAUCUGAUCGCCUUCAACUCGGCGAUCGUCGCUUGUGCCCAUGGUCGCCAGUGGUAUGCGGCUGUCCAGCUUUUCCGAAAGCUCCGGAGCAGUUGCGAGCCGGACGUCGUAUCCGUCAGCUCCGUCUUGUCGGCCUUUGAACUUUCACAGCGGUGGGCGAAGGCCCUCGGCUUCCUUCUUCAGCUUGGAUCGCUUGGCCUCGAGUUGGCGGCUUCCGCGCGGACGGCGGUCUUCGGCAUCUGCGGUGACCGUUGGGAGCAGGCAUUGACCGCGUGCCCGCCAAUAGCAGCGGAAUGGAGCUUGGCAGAGCGCAAUGCUGCAAUAACCGCCUUGGGGGAGGCUCACUCGUGGGCCAGGUCCACAGAACUCCUGACCUCGCUGCUCCAGUGCGGCCGAUCCCCGGAUUCGGUGACCCUGGGCGCCAUGGUGUCCAUCUGCGCGCGAGCCGAGGAGUGGCCCUGUGCAUUGGCGAUCUUCGAUGCGCUCCCGCGGCUGCGGGCAGCGGUUGAUCUUGUCUGCUCCAACGCAGCCGCCUCAGCACCAAAGAAACGCUGCUGGCAGCAAACACUGUCGCUGCUCCAAAGCCUCCCUUUGCGCCGGCUCCGCAGCGACAUAAUCUCUGCCAAUGCUGGUCUGGGAGCUUGGGCCACGGUCUCCUGUUGGCAACAAGGCGUGAACCUGGUGGAACACCCUCGCGGCAGCUUGUGCGCAAGCAUCACAGUGGCAGCUUUGCUGCUGGCUUUACUUCAGGUCUAG